AUGUGGAGGACAAAGGGAGAUACAGACGGCGAAGGCGAGAAUGCGUCAGGCGAAGGCCAGCAGACUUCCCAAGAAGGUCGUCCCUCUGACCAGUAUGGACGUCAAGAGCCGAAUGAGCGGACACGGCUACUCGAUCAUCCGAGGCCUCCGCCCCAUGCAGAUGGUUACUUGGAUCCAGAUGACCCUGCGGUCUCGCCUUAUAACCUCUGGACUGUCCGCUUCCUACGCGCAUUCACUGUCCUCUUCCUGAUAAUAUCCUUCCUCUGGUGGGCGCUCCUCCUCGUCUCCAUAUUCGUCUCCCCGCCAGGCCUGCACACGCGCGGCUCUGGAUUCUUUGACUUUGCCUAUACCUGCCUUACAAUAGGCAACCUCCUCGUGGCCGUGAUCUUCUUCGUCGCUCCCGCAAAGGCCGUCCGCAUCACGACCGCAAUCAUCGCAGUCCUGCUCUUCAUAGACAUGAUCAUCAUCCUCAGUGUCCCGCGCCUUCGACUCGAGGAAGGCUGGGUCGGCAUCGCUUCUGUAAUCUGGGCCGCCCUCAUGGCAAUCUGGUGCAUCAUCACCGACCGGGUCGUGGCGUGGGGCAAGCGAGAAGAAGAGGAGCGCCUAACAGGACGCCCGGAAACACGACGUUCAGUAAGGGAAUGGCUCGCCGUCACGCUCGCCACCGCCUUCGCCAUCAUCUUCGUGAUCAUCGUCAUCCUCCUGACAGGCACCUUGGGCCUUCGCGCUCGAGACACCACCCUCCCCAUGUACGGCGACCGCAUCCUGGUCGACGGAGACAAGUACGCCGUACAUCUGGCCUGCGUGGGCAACGAGAGCUAUACAGCGGGAAAGAAAGAUCCCACCAUUAUCCUUGAAGCCGGGGAGAACCCUUCCGAGUACGACUUCGAGCACUGGGCAUAUUCGGCGUAUCAAAACGGCACCAUCUCGCGCUACUGCUACUGGGACCGCCCCGGGUACGCAUGGUCAGACAACGCGCCCUCUCCCCAUAGCGCGGGCAUGUCCGCAGACGCUUUGUCAGAAGCUCUUGCGAAGCAAGGUGAAGAGGGUCCGUGGAUUCUCGUCAGCGCGGGUACAGGCAGCAUCGUCUCUCGAAUUUUCAGUUCGCGACACCUCAAACAAGUCGUCGGCAUCAUGCUGAUUGACCCCAUACACGAAGACUUGCUGCACCGAAUCGGCAGCCCGUGGCGCGGCUUCGUGCUCUGGGGCUGGGGCGUCAUAUCGCCGCUGGGUAUCGAGCGGCUGGGUGGAGCAAUCUUCAAGGGUCGCACGAGGGAAGACCGCGUCUACGGGAAAUAUGCCUAUCAAAAUGGAAAGUUCAUCAAAGCGCAAUUACAGGAGAAUCUGGUGGCGGACUCCUUGACGAAGAAUGAAGUCGCUUCGGCGAGGAAUAUACAGUUGAGGGAUACACCGUAUGUGCUCAUCAGUUCGGGGAUUCGGUCGAGGACGGAUGCGGAGUGGGAGAGGAAACAGAAGGACCUGGCUGGGCUGACGGACAGAUUGGUCGCGUGGGAUACGGUUAAUAGGGCACCGCAUGAAGUCUGGAUGACGUUGAAGGGGAGGAUGGUUAUGGAGAAGAGGUUGGGUGAAUUGGUUGAGGCUGCGAGGAAUGUCAGCUCUGAGAGGUUGGGAUGA